CUUUACCUAUCAGCUGACUAUGACUUCGUGAAAACUACCAACGAACGUGUUGUUCAAUGUUCAUUGUUGGAAGAACGUCGAAACGAGAGUAUUCACGUUACUUCCCUUAAAUAAGUACAUCGUUUUACACAGAAAACAUGUUGUUCCUUGGAAUAUUAUUCAUAUUUUUGGCAACUGCCUCUGCUGAAUAUUGUACUGAUGAAGUGAACAAAUUUUGCAGUACUACAAAAAAACAUGAGAUAGGUAUUGAAUCAAAUUGUAAUGCAACAUAUGGAAAUAUUCAUGAACUUUUAGUACCUCUUCAAUCUUAUGCAUAUGGUAAUAUUGAAUACAGUUUUCGAUUUUUAUUAAUGUCUACUUAUUUGGGAAAUUAUGAAAAUCAACGUGAAGGAUUUAAGAAAUUAUAUCGUAAAUAUUCUGAUGAAAUGUGGGAAAAUGGAAUUGAUUUAAUUAAAUAUAUUACUAAACGAGGUGGUUCAAUGAAUUUCGGACAAGAGCCAAAGUUUACUCCUAUGAUAAAAACUUUAGAAUUGAAUGAAUUUGCAAGUUUAGCCACAGCACUUGAAAUUCAAAAAUCAUUUGCAAAUCAAGCACUAAAGAUACAUGAAAAGGCAAAUAAAAAACAAGAUUCUGCUAUUGCUCAUUACAUGGAAGAGAAAUUUUUAGAACCACAAGCAGACCGUGUUCGAGAAUUAGCAGGUCAUAUAAGGGAUAUGAAACGUUUCAUUGAUGAAAGUAGUAGUCAUUUAUCUAUAUUUUUAUUUGAUCAAUAUCUUCAACAAAGUGUAUAAUUUGUUUAUUACAGUUAAAAAGAUAUAUAAAUUAAAAUUUCAUGUUUUCAAAUUUUCUAUAUAUAAGUUUAAUCCAUGAUAAAGCAUACUCCUUUUUUUAGUUAUUCAGAAUUUUACAUUUAGAAUUAAUAUUGUAUAUUAAUAUUAUAUUUUUGUCAUAUUUCAUUUAAUAAAAUAUAUACUUAAUAAA